UUAAUUCCAAAUUUGCAUAGAUAAGCUAAUACAUACUGUACGUAUGUUAUCAAUUAUUAUGAGGGUCACCUGGUCCUCUAAAUUCGAUGUCCGAAUAGUACAGAUUGUUCUGAAGUGGUUAAGUGGUCUGAACAGAAAAUGAAUCUUGUCAUCAUUUUUAUCACUCUUAAUUUAAUUUAUAUCACAACGGGGAAGAAUCUUAAAGUGAAUUCGAUAGAAACUUUUGUGUUUGUGGAUAUCGAAACUACUGGCCUAAGGCAGCCAAAUAUAACUGAGUUAGCAAUGUGGAUAACGCCUCGUAACUGUUUGUUGGACUCUCAGGAUAAUAUGAAUUGUCGAAUGCUCAACAAAUGGACGAUGCUUUUCAACCCAGGCAAGGGAAUUGAGAGGAAAGCCAGUGAAAUUACUGGGCUUAACAACGACAUGCUGGACAAAUAUGAUAAAUUUGAUGAAAGGGCCGGAACGAAUAUUAUUUCUUACCUUAGUCACUAUCCAAGGCCAAUUUGUCUUAUCGCGCAUAAUGGAAAGCGCUAUGAUUUUCCACUCAUAAAAAAGACUUUUGAUAAAAUCCAAUUGAGGGUUCCGAAUUAUAUAUUAUAUUCAGACUCCUUACAAAUAUUAAGAGAGCUGGAAAACGAAGACAUAACGAAGGCGAAGAAAAAAUCCUUCAAAUUAGAGGAUAUAUAUGAAAGGCUUUUUCAUAGCAAGCCACUGGUUACACAUGCUGCCGAAGCUGAUGUUGAAGUAUUAUAUAAAAUAGCUUUAUUUUAUGGAAAUGAUUUUAUCGAUAUUGCAGAAAAAUUUGCUUCUCGAUUCUCAGAAAUAGACCCAUAAAAAUAUAUAUAAUUUACAUGUAAUACAUGAAAUUGCUUCUAUUUGUAUCAUUUUCAGAUUUAAUUAAAAAUUUUCUAUUCCUCA